CCCCCCAUUCCCCCCCCAGUUUCGGGGCGCUGCCGCGGCUGCACGGGCAGAUCCUGCGGGUGAAGGACCGGGACGACGUCCCCACCGUCAUGGUGGGCAACAAGGCCGACCUCCUCCCCCAGCGCCAGGUGCUGCGGGAGGAGGCGCAGGCCUUCGCGCGCCAGAACCGCCUGCGCUACCUGGAGGCCUCCGCCAAGACCCAGCUCAACGUGGACGAGGCCUUCCACGAGCUCGUGCGGGCUGUCAGGCGCUUCCGGGAGCAGGAGACCCCCCCGGCGCUGCCCCCCGCCCCCCGCCGCAAGGACCCGCCCCCGCUGCCCCUGCCCCCUCCUCUGAGCCCCCACCCCGCGGGCUUGGGGGGGGCCGAGGGGGGCGGACGUGUGUAGAGAGCCUGCGCCCCAAAUCUGGGGGCAAACAACCCCCUCCCAGAGCCAAGGGAGAGGGGCAAAGACCCCCCCCCCCUUCUUGCAGACCCCCCCUCAAGUCCUAGUUUUGGGGGGGCCACUUGCCAACGCCACCCCACGGGCCGUUUUGGGGAGCCCCUUUUUGCAGACACUGGCCCCCCAUAAAAUGGAUCCCCUCCUCACAGACCCCAGCAGAUCUAUCUUUGGGGGAACCCCCCCCCCAGAUCCCCUCUUUGGGCAUCUCCUCUUUAGAUCCCCCCCAGCCCCUAUCUUGGGGCCCCCUCUACAAGGGGGUCUCCAGGGCCCCCCCCUUCUUUUCUAGCCCCACCCAACCUAUUUUGGGAGCUCCCUCCCCCAUGGGACCCCCUAAACCCCCCAACUUGGGCUCCCAAGAGUCCCCUUCUUCCUGCCACCCCCCCCCCCCCCAUUUGGGAUCUAUCCUAUAUUGGGGGGCCCCAGGACCUCCCCUCCUUCAACACCCCCCCCCCUCCACUUUGGGGUCCCAGAGCCCCCCAGCUCCCCAAUUUCGGGUCCAGCCUCAGCCCCCACCCCCACCUUUUUUGUGGGGUCCCCUUUGUUUCACCCCAGAUGCAUGGGGGGGCUCCCCCAGGGCCCCCCAGCUUCGCUUGGACACAUCCCCCCGCCCUGGGGUGGGGGGACACGCACACAUGCCCCCCCCCCCAAGCGGUAUCACGAGUUUUGGGGGGCCCUGGUGCCCCCCUAGUUGCUGUAAAUACCACCCCCCCCCCCUUGGGGGAGGGGCACACAUUAAAGUGCCUUUAAUGCACA